AUGGCUGCCAAUAUUCAACAACAAUUUGGAGAGCAACUUCUCCGUGCCGCUCAAGUUGUCGAAGAGCAAAUCGACCAGGAGAUGAACAAGCUGGAAAAUUUAGAAGAGGAUGAUCUUGAAGUGAUCCGUCGUCAACGUAUGGAACAGAUGAAGAAGGCGCAGAAGGACAAAAUCGAAAUGCUUUCGAACGGACAUGGAAAAUACGAAGAAUUGGCAGAUGAGAAGGAGUUUUUCGAGGCGACGAAGAAGAGUGAUCGUGUCGUGUGCCUCUUCUAUUUGCCUGGAAACUUCCGCUGCAAAAUUAUCGACAAGCAUCUCGAAAUUCUUGCCAGAAGACAUGUCGGAACCCGAUUCAUUCAUAUCAACGGAGAAAAAGCUCAAUUCCUGUCCACUCGUCUCAACAUUCGUGUCAUCCCAACAAUCGCUAUUAUUGUGAAGCAAAACACCGUUGACUACAUUCGCGGAUUCGAUGAUUUGGGAGGCAAAGAUGAUUUCACCACGGAAACCCUUGAACAUCGUCUGGCUCGCUCUGAAGUGAUUACUGUCGAGAAGAAGCAUGUAGCCCCGGCUAAGAAGAAGAUCAUCCGGUCCGGAGUUGAUGAGUACGACAAUGAAGAGGACUGGUAG